UAUUGAAGGCCCUGUACACCAGAUGGCAGGAGAGAUGGACAAGGAAAGAGUGGGUUCCUGGGAGCAGAAAUGGUCAGAGGGAAAAAUCAACUUCCACAAGCAAGAAGUGCACCCUGACUUGAAAAGGUGGUAUGACAAGCUCGUUCCCGAUGAUCGCCCCCGAACGGUUCUGGUGCCACUGUGUGGCAAAUCUGUGGAUAUGAUGUGGUUAUACUCAAAGGGCCACACUGUGAUUGGAAUUGAGUGUGCUGAGAAAGCAAUCCUCGACUUUUUCGCGGAAAACAAGCUGGACUUUACUACGUCAUCCUCAGUUCCCGAAGCAACAUUGUAUCAGACGGCGGACGGCCGACUCCGGCUGUACCGUGCUGACAUCUGUCGGCUGAGUGGAGAAACUAUUGGCGCCGUGGACGGGAUCUGGGACCGUGCUUCGUACGUGGCAAUGAACGUGGAAGACAGACCCAAGUACGCGGCGCUGCUGCGCUCGGUGAUGGCGCCCGGCUGUCGGUACCUGCUCAGUACGGUCGAGUACGGUCCCUGCGAGUUUCGGGGCACGCCUCGCAGCGUCACCCCCGCCGACUUCCGACCCGAGUUCGAGUCUGUGGCGGAUAUCGAGCACCUGUACUCGCACCCUCAGCCCGACGACCUGCCGCCGGGCCUGCUCCGAUGCAGCCCGGCCGGCCUCCAGGAGAACCUGUACCUUAUCGUGCGACGGUAGACGCCGAGGUGGUAACCGCGGUAAGGCGAGCGGGAGAGCCGUGAACCGUGCUAGUUGGGCAGGCACAGAGACACAGAGAAUCGUACGAUGAACCUGUGCGAGGGCGGCUCAGCCCAGUGCAUUUGGUGGAUGGGACCAUUUGGAAGAUGUGCCGUGUUGUAAAAAGCCGAGUGUCGAAGAUUGAUGUGGUGGUGCGCACAUUUGAUUUUGUUACAAUCAGCUCUGUACUUUUUGUAGUGACGGAAUCAGUUUGUAUAAGGUGCACGCAGCGGAGCGGAAGGCGCGACAGCUCAAACCAAUGCCUUAAACCACCUUAGACGUUUGACGUCGGCAUGCCCACUAGUCAAUAGGACGUUUAGUUCGUUGAACUGUAAUUGACUCAUCGCGGGUUAUUUUCCUGUCUAGGUUCUCUUCACCCCGGUCGCUGGUCAGUUAUAAUCUGGCUUGUGGAGGUAGUAAGUCUAAAUGGGCUACGCCCGAGACUGGUAGUGGUGCUCCAUUAUUGUUACAUGCUAUUUUGGCAGUGUGCUAAGCAUUGUGAUUCUAUUUUACUAUUAUAGAAUUGAGUGAUGCUGUGAUGCGUGCUUUUUAGGACGCAUUACGUAAUACCCAGGGACGGCGUACGGUACUUGUUUCAAACGAUGCACGUCCAAUGUUCAUACAGUAAAUAAAUUUUUGGUCGUUUAUCCGUCCCUCUCACCUAUGUAACAGAUUACAGAUCAUGUAUAAAAUCGCAUUCUGCAAUUUGCUCUGGUUGGUCUUGCCAAUUGAGAGUUAUGCAUCUGUUUACAUAUUCUACGAUUACCAGCACCGUACCAAAACCUGUAGGAAGGCUGUGGGGCCUGACCGGCAUGUGGAGAUUGUAUGUUCGAUUGCUGAUGGGAGACAUCGAGUGAACAUCAGCGAAAACACGUGUACCUGCACGCUAACGGUGUGGCUUUGACUUGGAGAUGGCAGUCACUUCACAUCACCUUCUGGUGCUGUAAACUUUAUUGAAUACACCUGAUCACUUUUGAUUA